AUGGAGAUGCUGGCAACGCACCUCUGUCUAUACGCGUUUACUCUGGAGCAGGAUAUGGAGCAAGUCAAAAGCCACGUACAGCUUUUGACUCGAGAGGUGGCUUGCGAAGGAGAGAAUAAACAUUUCGUAGAUCGAUACACAGCGCAGGUGGUAAAGGAGCACAUCAAUUUGCUGCAUUCUCGAGGCACCUCGAAGAAAAAAAAGACAACAGCUAUCUCUUAUUUUGUAUGGCACAAUUGCUGCAUAAAGAAUACGAAUCAUGCAAUGGACUUAGCACCCUCAUUUUUUGCUUUUCGAGGUGAGAAGCUGCAAGAAGCGGCCAUGCAGAUUAAAACUUACAGGAAGAACAACUGGAAAAAGAUUGAUCAACAAGCAGAACUCCACAUGAACCUUAGAAAAGAUGUGUAUGAAGUUAUGACAAUGCUUGCGAGACAUGACGAAUCAAAGAGAGAAGAACUGCGUGAUAUCAGUCAUUGCCUGGAAGAGGUGGAAGCAUGCAAUUCUAGGUUGGAUAAAGAAGUGUUAUCGUUGCACGAACUAGUGAAUGCAAUAACAUCUGACCGUGAUCGCUGGCUGAAUCUGCCGAAAGAAACAACCGAAAAGAUGAACAUCUUUGCCAAACAAAUGGGUAAGUUGACGGUGAAAUGCCAAUCUCACGAAUCUGAGGUCAAGCCGAGAUAG